AUGUCUGAAUCUAAGAUCAUCCUCAUCACAGGCGCUAACUCAGGCGUCGGUUAUGCAACAACCCAAGUCCUAGCUCAACACCCAAACCACCACAUAAUCAUGGCCUGCCGAGACCCGAAAAAGGGUGAAAAAGCCCUCUCUGAAAUUCAAAGCACCGGCAUAAAAGGCACUCUCUCCGUCCUCCACCUAGACAUCGAAGACGACACCUCAAUCGCCAAAGGCGUGGGCAAAGUAGCCCAAGACUACGGCCGAGUAGACGUAUUCAUGAGCAACGCCGGAACAGCCGCACCAGAAAGCAGCGGGCGCGAAAAGCUAACCAAGAUCUUCUCGACAAACGUCAUCGGCGCAAUGCUGGUCACGGAAGCCUUUCUCCCGCUCCUACUUAAAUCCUCCAAGCCUUGUAUCAUCCAGGUCUCCAGUGGCUUGGGCUCAUUGUCCAAGGCGACAGACCCCGGCUGUCCGCACUAUGCUGCGCCUUGGGAUGAGUAUCGUAUGAGUAAGGCUGCGCUCAAUAUGAUGACUGUUCAGAUGCAUAAGCGGCUGCAAGGCCAGGUGCGCGUCUUUGCAUUUUGUCCUGGGUUAGUUAGGUCUAACUUGAGGGGUGAAACUGAGGCUGCUGUUAGUGCGCAGGGUAGAGCCGGGGAUCCAUUGGAGUCUGGACUGGGUAUUUUGGGGAUUGUUACGGGAGAAAGGGAUGGGGACGUUGGCUGCUUUGUUCAUAAGGAUGGUUGUUGGAAGUGGUAG